AUGGCGCAAGGGAAUAAUCGUGUCAGAUUUCGGGAUAAAAACAAAGGUUGCAAUUUAGUAGUUUCGGCUGGUUGGCAAGCGCCGAGAAAGCGAUUAUCUCGAAGAUACCGGCAAAGAAGCACCCUGGACGACCUUGAAGAACUCAUAGCACCUACCACCAGUUGCAGUAGCUACUGCACUGGUGGCGAUGGAGUUAGCGAAAUCCCAGAGGAGGAAGAAGUAUUAGUGGAUAAUACUUUUCAUUCAGAAGAUGAAGACGACGAGAAUGACAACCAAUCAAGAAUGAUGGGGAUCGAGUCUAGAGACCGGCAGUUUCUACAACGGGAGCUGCACAACAUGAGAAUGGAGUUGGAACAAGCCAGAGAAACAAUCUGCAAGCUACAAGACAGGGAAAAGCAACUACGUGACAGAUUAUCAGAACAAGUUCAGAAACAAUUUACCAUCACAAACAGCCAUUUUGAAGAUUUGUCUUUGAAUGAAAAACGACCAACAGAACUUAUCCGUCUCUAUGGUAACCUUUAUAGUGAAACAAGAGUGGAAGCUGCUGAUGAUCUUGAUAGUAUUCCAGAAAUAGCCCAGUAUGAUAAUCUCAAGACAAAGAUUCUAUUCUCUGUCGUUGUGUUGGCUUUUCGCUCAACACUCAACUCUUUGUUGGAUUUAAAAAGUAAAGUCCGAGAUUUACUUCGUAUUCAAGUCAGUGACAUUAACAACCAAAGUAAUGACCUGCCAUCUUUAACACUGGAAGCUGAGAUUGAUGAUUACAUAAAGAAGACUGUGGACCGUUAUGACUGUUCAGCUAAUUCUGAGGAAGUUUGCUCCCAAAUAUAUCUGACCUUGUAUGAUUAUCCAUGCCUCCGCCAAAGUUCUGGUCUAAGACAGUAUAUUGAAGAAUGUGUUCGAGUGUCUUGGGCAUUAAAUGUUCAAAAUCCACGCUACAUCAUCAGUUAUGAUUCACGGACUUUCAAUCCAAACAUUCAUACACGCUUCCAUACAUCAGAUUCAACAAGUGAUGAUAUUCUGGAAUUUCUUUGGCCAACACUUUUGGAAGGAAACAGUACCUGUUGUGUUUUUAAAGGUGUUGUCUUAACAUAAUUUUAAUAUCCGUAUUCACUCUUCCUCUAAUGAAGAGGGGUUUAUAGUAAACUUUGACAAAUUUGUCCUAUAAUGUAAUAUAGUGAACUGGGUGCUUUAAAAAAAACUGAAAAAGGAAUGUAAAAUAACUAUGAACCAGAAAUUUGAAUAUUUUUUUAUUUUUGUAUAAAUGAAAAUGACCGGCUUUGAAAAUCAAAAUGUA